GUUUUGUUCUCCCGUCGUCUCGACUCUGAUUUACAAGCCGGUCCUCUUUGCAAGUGUGCCACUGAUACCUUGCACGAAGAAUCUUAUUAUGUAAAUAUCACUUGAUAAGUAUGUAUCGCUUGUUCGAGCCUAGCAACUGAGAGCCGAAUUCGAUAAAUACUUGAUUAUGCUGAGAAAGAGUCGCUUAUAAUAAUAAUAAAAUUAAGAGGAAAGAGCAGAGAACUUCUCUGGCAUAUUAAAGUAUACUGACAAGAGGCCCGCCGCAGCUGGGGGUAUACCUACAUCACUCGAGAGAGCCGUCUGUACAGUACGUUUUACCUACUUAUAUCUCUCCUACAACUCAAGCAAAUAUGGCUUUAUCCAUUACUAGACUUGGUAGAAUAUUGUUUUUAAGCACCAGCGUCGAUGUACAUACGUAUAAAUUGCUCAAGCUGUCAAAGGUGUUGACAGUCAAUUUUUCAGUCAAAUCGGACAUUCCCGAGAGCGAUAAAGAUGCGGAAAAGACACUUCCGGCUCCAAAGGGCGAUGGAAAAGUCUUCAAGUCGGCGGAUGAGGUGGUCUCGGAUAUUCCCGAUGGCGCAAAGCUUCUGGUUGGUGGUUUUGGCUUGUGUGGCAUCCCAGAGAAUCUCAUCGAUGCACUGCUCAAACGUGGCUCGAAAGAUUUGGUUGUAGUCUCCAAUAAUGCGGGAGUCGAUGACUUUGGCCUGGGUAAGCUGCUCAAGGAGCAGAGAGUUAGGAGGAUGAUAUCCUCGUACGUGGGGGAGAAUGCAGAGUUUGAGAAGCAGUACCUCAGUGGCCAACUUGAAGUUGAAUUGACGCCUCAGGGAACCCUAGCAGAGAGAAUCAGGGCCGGUGGAGCUGGUAUACCUGCCUUUUACACACCCACUGCCUAUGGUACCAUUAUUCAAGGAGGUAACACAGUUAUUAAGUACGACAAUGCUGGAAAUGCAGAAAUAUCUGGUGAAUCCAGACAAUCUCAUCAAUUUGAGGGUAGACACUACAUUUUGGAGCACGCCAUCACUGGAGAUUUUGCUCUGAUUAAGGCGUGGAAAGCUGACACUUGUGGAAACCUUGUGUUCAGAAAGUCAGCAAGAAAUUUCAAUCCAACAAUGUGUAAGGCAGCAAGAAUAGCAAUUGCAGAAGUUGAGGAAAUAGUUCCUGCAGGUCAAAUUGAUCCUGACCAUGUUCACUUACCUGGUAUCUAUGUAGACAGAAUCAUCAAAGGAGAACGUUAUGAGAAGAGAAUUGAAAAACGAUCCACGAAACAGUCUCUGAAACCAACUAAAGUUACUCCAGCUAGCAAAGCCAGAAACAGGAUUAUUAGAAGAGCAGCACUUGAAUUCCAAAAUGGAAUGUACGCCAAUCUAGGAAUCGGUAUGCCAAUGUUGGCAAGCAAUUAUAUUCCAAAAGGCAUGAAUGUCACGUUACAAUCUGAAAAUGGAAUCCUGGGACUUGGACCAUUCCCGGAUGAAAGCAAAGUUGAUCCAGAUCUAAUUAAUGCAGGAAAAGAAACUGUUACUGUUUUACCUGGCGCAUCGUACUUUAGCAGCGACGAAAGCUUUGCUAUGAUUAGAGGUGGCCACGUUGACUUGACCAUUUUGGGCGCAAUGCAAGUAUCAGCAAAAGGAGAUUUGGCUAACUGGAUGAUUCCAGGACAGUUGGUCAAGGGAAUGGGUGGUGCUAUGGAUUUAGUUUCCGCUGCUUCAACCAAAGUGGUGGUUACAAUGGAACACAAAGCUCGAGAUGGAAGCCCAAAAAUACUGCCAGAGUGUACCUUACCUGUAACAGGUCAACAGUGUGUUGAUUUAAUCAUCACUGAUUUGGCAGUUUUUGAAGUCACUAAAGGUGAAGGUCUGAAACUUAUCGAGGUUGCACCAAACGUCGACAUUAGCGAAAUUGUAAGUUCGACUGGAUGCGAGUUCACUGUUGCUGACGAGUUGAAAGAAAUGGGACAGGUUCCUGAAUAAAAAGUCUUUGAUUAAUUUUUAUACGUACUUUAUAAAAUUGUCCUUGUUAAUUAAAUUUGGACUGUUGUUGAGGAGGGGUGUGGGUGCUACUCUGUACAAUUUCUUGUAUAUAAUUGCAAACCGACGAAUUUUGUAAAGCAAAUGCAAGAUGCGACUUUUUUUACAUGUACAUAAAUGUUAUGCGUAAAUGCAAUAAAUAUAAUAUAUGGAAAUGAA